AUGUUUACACAAAUUGGUCUAUGUUUUAUCUUAAUAAUAAUUAUACAUAUCAAUAUAGUUAAUUCUACCUCAGCAACAACGACAAAUAUCGAAGAUCAAGAUGAAAAACGAUCACCUAUAGCUGCAUCUGAACUAUUUGAUGCUGAUCCACUUUAUGAUAAUGAUGAUGAUGAUGAUGAUGUGAACAACGAUGCGAUGCAUUAUCAGAAACGAAAUUUAAGAAAGAAAUGGGCCGAAUUCUUCCAAAGAUCAAAUUCACCUUAUGCUAUUGCAUUUCCAGCUCUUCUUCGUUCACGUCGAUCGACUCAAGAAGAAAAAUAA